AGUGACAAUGUGUCGUCUGUAGAGGAUCUCGUCCGCUACAGGCUGCUGUCUUGUUUGUUGUCACAGUUCCUUAUUGGCACUUCAGUCUGGCAGGUGGAUCUGCGGAAUCUUCCUUUAGACGGCGUUUUGCAUUUUAACCUAAGAAAAUAUUCAUUGCUUUGGGCCAAUCAGACACGAGACAUUUUUCAUAUCCUGAAUCAUAAUUUGUAAAAUUGUGUCUGUAGUUACUAGCAGCUUUUCACAGAGACAAAACGUGUUCCUAUUUCUCUAGUUUAAUAAAUGCUUAGCUGAAAAUGUAACAUACAGAACACAUUUAAUGGAGGUUUAACUUUUUUUUGUCCCGAUUAUGUAAAGGCGUGUUUUUAAGUAUUCAUUUUAGGGCUGACUAUUCUUUUGUUCUCCACUUGCCCAUAAUAACCAUUUUUAAGCACACACUUCUGUAAUGUACUGCAAAACUUUAAUUUGACUUCAGAAUGACUGAUAAUGACUUUUUAAAUUUUUGGUUUUAGAGUUGGAUAUUUUUUUAUAAUAGAGGUUCACUGUAAAUUCAGUGCACUGUUGUGAAGGGAAUGCAGACAAGGAGGGGAAAUCCGUACAACAAAAACAAGCCUAAAAGCCUAAAAACCUGUUCUUCAGGACCACAAAAUAUACCAAACUCUGGCUCUUAGGAAACCACGUUUAAAGACGGUAGUAAAUUAGGUGGAUGAAUAGCAGACUUUCUACUUUAGCCACAAGGGGGCGCUGAAGGCACAGUCUUUAAUUUGUCUUUUAAACAUGUCUCAGGGAAGAUAAAUUGCUUUAACAUUCAUCAUUUAUUUGCAGUUUUUCCAAACAUAGACAGUUGGUUCAUAUUUGGUACAUUUCUCAUAGCUCCUUCACCAAAACCUUUUAAUCUUUGUUUUUUUAUUGGCCAAAUUAGCAUUUUCAUUGUCCACAAAAAUGACCAGAAUGUUACACCAUCCCUGCUGGUUCUAAAUAUGUUUUCCCAUCGCCUGGGCACUGUCAGCCUCUUGCUGCUGUUGUGUUUCCAUAGCCUUAUCUGGAAGUGACCAGACUGUCAGGAGCUCCUCUCACAGCUUUCUCACCCCCACUCCCACUCUGCGUUACCACUGUGAGCUGGAUUGUUGUCAGUAAAUAAAAGCAACUGGGCGGUUUUGACCUCCUACAUUCUUUAAAUCCAGGCCUUACAAGGGUAGAAUUAUUAUUAUUAAUAUUUGGCUGAACUCAAAUUGUCUGACGAUCGGACAACUUUAAACUGAUGUUAAAUAAAUCGAUCAGUUAAAUAAAUCGAUCACAUGAAAACUGAUAUUGGGCAUGAUGGUUACUGUGAAACACUUGCAUAACAUGUUAACUGAGAUCUUUACUGGUUGUGCUUUGACUAUUUUGAGCAGCUGGUAGUGAGUGGAAGCUUUCUGAUCAGCUGACAGAACAUGGGACAUCCCGCUGUCGUCAUCUGACAGAGGGGCGGGUCUCAAAGGUCAGCUCCCCAAAACUGCACCAGCAACAGAGGGGAAACCUUUAUUUGUUAGGUUUAGAGGAAGACGUUUGCUUCAGGAAACAGUCGGCUCCUGUAGAAGCUGCAUCACGUGAUGACUGAGUGAAGCAGAUGUUCCUGUGCUGAAUUUACUCCACGAAAAGAGAGGGAGGGCAUGGAAACAUGCAGCCCAAACCAAUCGGAGGGGGGUUUCUCUCGUGGGCUGGCCUCCUUUUACAGGCUGACAUGUGUGCUAUAUUAAAGAGAUGCCCCCCACAGCUGCACCUGACAAUUUACAGCACUGGCUCUCCUGAAAGGAGAAGGGUCUGUCCCAGUUUCUUUGCAUCACUGCAACGGCAGCUCUGUGGAAUCUACUACUACUCUUCCUUUUUUCCCUCAUCAGUACAGCAGCUGCACACCGCCUCCUGCUGGCUCAGCUCUCAGCUUUUUCUUCUUUUUUUUUUUUAUUCUUUAAUUUACUGGAUUUGCAGCCUUGGCUUCUAUUGCUGCGUUUGUUAAAGUGGACCAACUUGUCUCUAAAGCAUCUUCCAUCGACCGGAUUUGCUUCCGAUUUCAGGUCUGCGUCAAAAGUAAAAUACCUGAUCAGUUUGGAGCUGUCAUUUUUGCUCCUGAUCGUAAUGCAGAUGGUCAUGGUCAAAUAUUGUUUUGAGCCAACGACCCACAGCUUCCAAUGAAGAGGUUUGGCAGCCUGAGGAGGAGCAAGAAACGAAAAGAGCACGAUGGGCUAGAAGGAAGGCAUCAGUCCGAGGCGUCGUGUCUGGCUGCUUCUGGACUCUCAACACCACCCUCCACCCCGACCCAAACGUCCAGCCAGCCAGUGUUCAGCCAGGAGGCUCAGCGGAGUGGUCCCAGCCUAGAACACCUAGAGCCCAGGUCUCGAGCCCAGUCCUUCUCCACACCCCCAGACACAGGACAGCGUCCCAGUUUUCCCUGUGCUAAACCCCCGAUCCCCUCAUUGAGCCCCGUGCUUCCCUACUCUACCUCACAACAUGUCUGCGGAUUAUUCGAAGGUAUGCUGGAGAAACUUGAACUAGACGAUGAUGCUGCUGAGCCAGAGAGCGACAUUUACAUGCGCUUUAUGAAAUCCCACAAGUGCUACGACAUCGUCCCCACAAGCUCCAAGUUGGUUGUGUUUGACACGGCGCUCCAAGUUAAAAAAGCGUUUUUUGCCUUGGUUGCUAACGGCGUGAGAGCUGCUCCGCUAUGGGACACAGAGAAGCAAAGUUUUGUGGGAAUGCUGACAAUCACAGAUUUCAUCAUCAUACUGCACAGAUACUAUAAGUCGCCCAUGGUGCAAAUUUAUGAACUGGAAGAACAUAAACUUGAGACGUGGCGAGAGGUUUACCUCCAAGCCACGUUUAAACCUCUUGUUAACAUAUCACCGGAUGCAAGCCUGUUUGAUGCCGUGUACACCCUCAUCAAAAACAAAAUUCACCGCCUGCCUGUCAUCGACCCCGUCACGGGGAAUGCACUUUAUAUUCUCACUCACAAGAGGAUCCUCAAGUUCCUCCAGCUGUUUAUGUGUGAGAUGCCAAAGCCUGCUUUCAUGAAGCAGACUCUGGGUGAGCUGGGCAUCGGAACGUACCACGAAAUAGCUUUCAUCCACCCGGACACCCCCAUCAUCAAAGCACUCAACAUCUUUGUGGAGAGACGAGUGUCGGCUCUGCCCGUGGUGGACGACUCGGGCAAAGUUGUGGAUAUUUACUCCAAGUUUGAUGUGAUUAACCUGGCUGCAGAGAAGACGUACAACAACUUGGACAUCACCGUGACGCAGGCUCUCAAGCAUCGCUCUCAGUACUUUGAAGGAGUUAUGAAAUGUCAUAAAAUGGAAACUAUGGAAACUAUCGUGGAUAGAAUAGUCAAAGCAGAAGUGCAUCGGUUGGUGGUGGUGGACGAGCACUCCAGUAUCGAGGGCAUCGUUUCUCUUUCAGACAUCCUCCAGGCUCUAGUGCUCAGCCCUGCAGCUGCCUGUAAGGAGGACAACCUGACCGAAUGAGAGGCCGAUGCAUCCGUUUAUUGAGACAGAUGGGAAUAGAAUUGAGUGAGUCUGAGUGAAGGUCCUGGAGACGCCUGCCAUCAGCGUGCUGUAAAGACUCCCAGUCCAAACAUCUAGACGCUGAGUGAGGUGGACUUUCUGCACUGACUGUUGAUUUUUGCUCUUUGAACACCGAUGAGAUGCGCACACGUUACGGAUGUAAUAUAAAGUAAACGCACACAGCCGCAGGCAAACAUAACAUUUAGGGGGGAGUGGGGACGAGUCUGAGACUGGUUCUAACAGAUCCGGCCAUCAGUGUAGCUACGCCUGUGCUGCUUUCAUGUCCCACAGCUAAAGAGGAACGUGAACUUUAGUCGCACAAAUACACUCUCCCCUCCUCAGUGGUUCAGUUACUAAAGAGUGAUGAUCUGGGCCAACAUGGAUUACUCAGUUUGUGCCUUUUUGUUUUUCCCCCUCUUAAGUUUACAAUAAAAACUUAUUUCAGAAAGUUGCAGACAUUUGAUAAAUAACUUUUCUCUUUUUUUUUUUAAACCUGCUGCUGCUGAGAUAUUCUGUCAUUUUGGCUACGAUGUGUUGAAAUAGAUUUUUUCUCCCCAGAAUUCCUUUUACUGAACAGUAAAAAUGUUUUUUAGAGGUUGAAACUCCUUACAAACAACCUGCUUAGCUUGGCUGUAGCUCCACAGGACUCAUCUCCGUCUUCGACUGUAAAUGGGUCCAUUCUCGGAUAAAAAAUAAAAACGUCACAGAAAGCUUUAUUUUUACGAGUGUGUGAACAUAUUUCAAGAAACUGCAGUUUUAUUGUUAUUUUUGUAAAUAUAAUGUGGCAAUAUGUCAAGAGAAACUGUUAUCAGAUCAACAUGUACUGUAAAUGUGCAAGCAUGACAAACUACACUUCAGCAGAAUGAAUGUUCCUCGUUUAACUUUUUCUAUUUUUCUGGCUGCAGAAAAAUAAAUGGACACUGAAUGUACUCUAAA